UGGCAGUUGAACCUGAUACACUUGUAUUGUAGUGCGUCUCCACCUUAGUGAUUGCUGAUCUGCUUGCUGACUGAAGACUUCUUGGUUCCGAGGAUUGUGUUUGAAUAGAAUGUGGAUUAAUCAAGAUAUGUUUUUGGUGUGAUGAAGCAAGAUGCCCAAGAAAAGUGUUCCACCUUUCCAUAACUUCAGUCCAUGUUACUCGCCCCGUCCAGCGCCACCAAGACCUAAGUUGUUUAAGGAAAACCGUCUAGAGUUGUGGGAUAUCAUUAAUGCUGGAAAACGAGAUUACAAAUUCAAGAAGGAUGAGAUCUUCAAACGGAUGAAAAUCUCGACCCUGAUACAACUGAUUGUACAAAUAGCAAAACUUGAAACUGCCGAAACCAGCAGGUCUUUCGAUGGCGACCUUGGAGACGGUGAUCGUCCAAGUACGGCUGACCAGGAGGUACAGAAGAUCUGUGAUGGUGAGGAAUCGCCUCCCACUUCAUCUAGAGAAGGAGCAGAGACCAGCAGAUCUACCUUACAACAUGUGAUACGAGGAGUAGGGGAGAUUGAUAUGGACAAACCCCCACCCCCACCCCAAAAACUGUUUGUAGAUGACAUGUGUCCGUAUUUGUUGCUGGAUAUCAGAGAUGAAGAUGCCUAUCAUCAGUGUCACAUCAUUUCAGCAAAGAGUUUUCCUCGUGCAAGGUUAUCACGAUCGGUGAACUACGAAAAUAAUGAUCUUCUAUCAUAUCGAAACCAGACAGGGAAGAUCAUUAUAUUAUAUGAUGAAGAUGAAAGGAUUGCCCACGACGCAGCGACGACGCUUGUACAGAGGGGCUAUGACAACCUCUUCUUGUUGUCUGGAGGGCUCAAGGUUGCUUACAAGAAUUACCCUGAGGGGCUGAUCACAGGGACGCUGCCAAUGUCAGUAACAGAAAAGAAACCAAAGAAGAUAGAGCCAGCAGAUCAGAAACACUUUUGUAGUGAUGAUAUCGACAGAUUGUCAAUAUACUUGGAUACUGCCCUCAAGGACCAAAGUGUAGGAAGGAAAGGUCGGCUCUCCCGCGCCAGUACGACUGCACGGACGAUCUCCCAGCAAUCCACAAAGUCCAACCUCACAUCUCGCUCCAACUUGGACCAUAGACCAACCUUCAAACCAUAAUAAGGAAUCUCUCUUUAAGGAAUUGCAUUAAAUCCGUCCAAUGACAUUCAGUCUCACUCUCGUCAGCUCAAAGGUCAAGGAGAAGUCAGUAGUGAGCAACAUUGACUUGUUGCCCAUCUCUCUGCUCACUCAGGUCUGAGAUGCCCUGGGAAUCAAGGAGACUGGUCUGAUUGUACCCUGUGUGGUACAUGGCCUGGUUGCCAUGACAGUCAAUUGUAUAGUAAUUAUAUUGAGAAUGUUUAAGCAGAAUGUGUCAGUUCAAGCCUGAAUAUUAAACGGUCAUGUACUUAAACAAAUUUAAUUAAACUCAAUUUAAUUGUUUAUUGAUGGGAAUCCCAUAACAACUUGUUUAUAUUUUGACACAACAGACAUGAUUGUAUUUUGUUGUAAUGGUAUGUAACUUAGUAGAACUUCGGGUGCCAUAGUUAUCUCCCCUUGUUAAUGAGGUACAGUCACAUCUAUCACUCAGUGUCUUGUUGAGCAUUGGAGAGCAGUGCAUAAGUGAGUUA